AUGGUUGACCCUCGCAACACCUCCCGCCUCCAGUGGCUCGAGUCGCUUGACAUCGCCAAGACGCCCGACCACGUCCGCAAGUCCUCCAUCAUCUGCACUCUGGGCCCCAAGACCCAGACCGUCGAGAUGAUCACUGAGCUGCGCAAGGCCGGUAUGAACGUUGCCCGCAUGAACUUCUCGCACGGCUCGCACGAGUUCCACGCCAAAACCAUCGCCAACGUGCGCGCCUCGGAGAGCGCCCUCAAGGGUCGCCCCGUCGCCAUCGCCCUGGACACCAAGGGCCCCGAGAUCCGUACCGGUAACACCAAGGACGGCAAGGACAUUCCCUUCAAGAUCGGCCACGAGAUGAUCUUCUCGAUGGACGAGAAGUACAAGGACGAGGGCAGCCUCGAGGUCCUGUAUGUUGACUACGGGAACCUGCCCAAGGUUGUCACCCCCGGCCGCACCAUCUACAUGGACGACGGUAUCAUGGCCUUCGAGGUCCUUGAGAUCAUGGACAACGCCGUCAAGGUUGUUGCUCGCACCGACGGUGCCCUGUCGAGCCACAAGGGUGUCAACCUCCCGGGCUCGCCUGUCGACCUGCCCGCUCUGUCCGACAAGGACAAGGCCGAUCUGAGCUUCGGUGUCGAGCAGGGUGUUGAUAUCAUCUUCGCCUCGUUCAUCCGUACCGCCCAGGACGUCAUUGAUAUCCGCCAGCACCUCGGUGAGAAGGGCAAGCACAUCAAGAUCGUCGUCAAGAUCGAGUCGACCCAGGGUGUCGAGAACUUUGACGCCAUCCUCAAGGAGACCGACGGUGUCAUGCUCGCCCGUGGUGACCUCGGUAUCGAGAUCCCGGCCGCCCAGGUCUUCAUCGUCCAGAAGAUGAUCAUGGCCAAGUGCAACGUUGCCGGCAAGCCCGUCAUCUGCGCCACCCAGAUGCUCGAGUCCAUGACCUACAACCCCCGCCCCACCCGCGCUGAGGUCUCCGAUGUCUCCAACGCCAUCCUCGACGGCGCUGACUGUGUCAUGCUUUCGGGCGAGACCGCCAAGGGUAACUACCCUCUGCACGCCGUGCGCAUGAUUCGGCCUAUCGCCUACCCGCCUCUGUUCAACGAGAUCCGCGCCGCCACCAGCUACCCGAUCACCACCACCGAGGCCACCUGCUCGUCGGCCGUCAACGCCGCUCUUGAGCAGGACGCCAAGGCGAUCAUCUGCAUCACCACCACCGGUACCUCGGCCCGCCUGCUGUCCAAGUACCGCCCCUCGAUCCCCAUCCUGGUCGUCACCCGCGACUACCACACUGCCCGCCAUGUCCACCUGUCGCGUGGCUGCUACCCGUUCCUGUACGAGAAGGACAAGCCCGAGGCCUCGUGGCAGGCCGAUGUCGAUGACCGCAUCCAGUUCGCUAUCGCCAACGCUCUUGACGCCGGUCUGCUCAAGAAGGACGAUGUCGUCAUCUCCAUCCAGGGCUGGCGCGGUGGUGUCGGCAACACCAACACCAUGCGCAUCCUCCGCGCGUAA